UAAUUUCAUACCAUUAUUGCAAUAUACAAAGCUGGAAAUCCAUUAUAAAAACCCAAGUUUAUCAGCCUCUUCUCAUGUAUUCACAUGUGUGAAGAUAAUUUCACUUGAAGAGAAUGUCAGCUCUUGUUUCAAGCUGGUCCAAGAAUGUUCACACCGUGCCAGAAAACUUUGUUUGCUCAUCUGAAGAAAGACCUGGAGACCUUGCAGUGCCUUUGUGCAAAGGCAUUCCAGUGGUUGAUCUACAACAAGUAGACGGUCAUGACAGAGCUGAUUCAAUUAAGCAAAUUAUGAUAGGUAGCCAGGAUUUUGGAAUGUUUCAGGUGAUCAACCAUGGACUAUUAAAAGAACUAAUGGACGACACAAUGAGUCUGUUCAAGGAGUUCUUUGACAUGCCUGAAGAAGACAAGGCCACUUACUAUUCCGAGGACAUGAGUAAGAGCUUCAGACUCUACACAGGCAGUUUUUGUCACUCUGUUAUUAAUCACAACUACUGGAAGGAUUCAGUAAGACAAGAUUGUCACCCUUUAGAGGAUCACAUUGAAACUUGGCCAGAAAAGCCAGCCAGAUACCGAGAGGUUGUUGGGACAUAUUCAGUGGAAGUGAGGAAGUUAGGCAUGAGGAUUUUGGAUCUUAUUUGUGAAGGAUUGGGAGUUGACGUGGGGUAUUUUGCAGGUGACCUAAGCAAAUUCCAGGGAAUGAUAGUUAAUCAUUAUCCGCCAUGUCCAAACCCAAGUUUGGUCUUGGGAGUACGUGGACACUACGACACCAACCUCUUAACCUUACUUCAACAGGACGAGUAUGGGCUUCAGAUCCUCAAGGAUGGGCAGUGGUUUGGUGUUAAACAUGUCCCUAAUGCAUUUGUUAUCAACAUAGGCAGCCAACUAGAGAUAAUCAGCAAUGGGAAGCUGACAAGUAUUAAACAUCGAGCAGUGACAAAUUCAAGUGUUUCUAGGACGUCCAUAGUCACUUUAAUUAAUCCAUCUGAAGAAUGCAUCAUAGAACCUGCAAAAGCACUUGUUAGUGCAUGCAAUCCCUUGAUGUUCCAAGCUGUUCAAUGCAAAGAGUACGUUGACACUUGCAUGCCCAAGGCUCGGGACCCCAACGGCGCAACACUGGAGUCCUGAUAGCUCCAAGCUUAAGUUACGGUG